UGACACUGACACCCUCCCUACGCGCCUUGCUGGCGCCAACAGCACAAUUCAACCACACAAAGUCACAAACAACCAAAGCUUCUUCCUUUGCCCCUUUCCAUGGCCGUCUCCGCCCCCUUCUUCGCCUCUCCCACCGCCGCCACAACCUCCCACCAAUCCCUUUCUCUUUCUUUCUAUCCUCCUUCCUUUCUCCGAAGAAAUUUCACUGCCGUUUCCUCCUCCUCCUCUUCUCUACCUUCCUUCCGUGUCAAGUCCGCCGCUUCUCCCUCUGUCGCUCCGACUACCGCCGUCAAAUCCGAUUCUCCCUCCAAAACCUUGCCAUUUCGGGUCGGACAUGGCUUCGAUCUUCAUAGGUUGGAACCUGGGUACCCUUUGAUUAUUGGGGGGAUUAGUAUUCCCCAUGAUAGAGGCUGCGAGGCUCAUUCCGAUGGGGAUGUUUUACUACACUGUGUGGUUGAUGCAAUUUUGGGUGCUCUGGGGCUUCCUGAUAUUGGACAAAUCUUUCCAGAUUCAGAUCCCAAAUGGAAGGGUGCUCCAUCAUCUGUUUUCAUGAAAGAAGCUGUGAGACUAAUGCAUGAGGCAGGUUAUGACAUAGGCAACUUGGAUGCCACAUUGAUACUUCAAAGACCAAAGCUUAGCCCUCACAAGGAAGCUAUCAGAGCGAACCUCUCUGAGCUCCUGGGAGUGGACCCCUCAGUCGUGAAUCUGAAAGCAAAAACACACGAGAAGGUCGACAGUCUCGGCGAAAACAGAAGCAUUGCUGCUCAUACUGUGGUCCUCUUGAUGAGGAUAUAGAAGCCCCAACAACAAUGUGCUCUUAAAGUGGAAUAUGCUUUAUCGACAAUACUUUGAAUUUCCCCCCAUCCCUCCACAGUUCCUUGCAAAGUGCAAACGAUUGUAAGUUGGUUGUUGCAUUAAACUUUUUAAUCAUUCAACAACAUGAAAGAAAAUGGUUUGGUGGGAAAGGAUUAGAAAUUGCCUACAAUGGUUUCUUAUUUUUCCUCCCUCGUUUUCAAUUUUACUUGAUUAAACUCUAAACUUGAAGUACAUAAAUUCCUAUGUAAUUGUUCAGUUGCUAUCUUUA